UGGCCGCUGUGUGUUAUUUGUUUUCAUGCCUACAAAACGUCUAAAAAUUUCUGUCAAAUAUUGAAAAAUAUAAUUUUAUUAUCUAUUAGUAAUAAAUUUAACCAUCAAUUAAGUUGUUUUCAUAAAAUGGAAGAACAAAAAAAUACUCUAGUUGAUGUUUCUUGGAAAUUUGGUGUAACCACAUCAAGUAGCGAAUCAGACAAAGUAGGAAAAACAUUUUUGCAACUAAAAUUACAAUUAAACAAUGAAGGUAAAAUGAAAGAUGUUUUCACAGAGAUGACUCUAACUCAGUUUUACAAAUUUAUUCAUGACCUAGAACAAGCAAAGAAUAAUUUAGAAUUGCUGUCGUAG